CAUGGAACUUUGGGGAGUGGUUAGGACACGUCUACAUUCUGCAUAUAAACAAGUCGGCAGGCUAAAAGUGAAACUAUUGCUAUACAAUUGUAACCAUAGCAGCCCAGCAUAUUACCACUUCAAAAACAUUGAAUAUACUUCAUUCAAAAUAGAGAACAUCAUAACAAUGGAGACACUGAACGAAAUUGAUCACCUCAAAUCGUCUGGCUUUGGUAGACCCCGGCCCAGACACGGCCUUCAACUCCUUCACUGGUUCUCCCAUGAAUAUGUCACAUUCAACAACGACAGCGAGAUGGUGACAGUGCGCAACCCUAAGAAGAAGGCGUUUGGCUUCCACCGCUUCUUUGACAACAUAGAGGAGCAUGAUGGGCAAUGUAACCAACUGCUACCAGACCAGGACUUACCGUACUACGAAGUGGGCAAUCUGAAUGCUGCAAAGUCUGAGAACCUACCGCAUGAUGUCCGCAAAAACCACACAGGACACAAUGACGACAGCGACAUCGACCGGAUCAUUAUCAGCCUCCAGUCAGACCGUGUGUUGGACAGAAUCUACGUGACCCAACAUGAUCAUCACAGAGGUGCUUUUGACCCCCAGCACACCUAUCGCAUCAGUAAGGGGUUGAUCAGUAUCAUCCGUAAUCUGGACCUGGAUGAUCUCCUGGAGCAGACUGGAUACUCACUUCCUUGUCCUUCCUCCAUGGACACACUUAACGAAAUGAGACACCUCGAGUCAUCUGGCUUUGGUACACCUCCACCUAGACACGGCCUCCAUCUCCUUCACUGGUUCGCCCACAACUACAUCAAAUUCAACAAAAAGGGUGAAAUGGUGACAGUGAGCAACCCUGAGAAGAAGGCGUUUGGCUUCCACCGCUUCUUCGACAAAAUAGAGGAGCAUGAUGGCCAAUGUAACCAACUGCUACCAGACCAGGGAUUACCAUACUACGAAGUGGGCAAUCUCCAUGCCCCUGGGACUAGGAACAUACCGCGUUAUGUCCGCAAAAACUACACAGGACACAAUGACGACAGCAACAUCGACCGGAUCAUUAUCAGCCUCCAGUCAGACCGUGUGUUGGACAGAAUCUACGUGACCCAACAUGAUCAUCACAGAGGUGCUUUUGACCCCCAGCGCACCUAUCGCAUCAGUAAGGGGUUGAUCAGUAUCAUCCGUAAUCUGGAGCUGGAUGAGCUCCUGGAGCAGACUGGAUAGACGUUUCCCACCUGGCCAAUGCGCAUUUCGACAGAGGCAUCGUACACAUAAUUAUUCUUUAACCUCAUUUCUGAUGGUCAAAUCCAAGAUUUCUAACCAAAUGAUUUAUUUUCUUACAAAUGUAUACUAGGCAUGGGUAUGACAUCGUUUCUUCGAUAUUCCCCAUACAUGAUGUAUUGUAGGAAAUUGUGAAUGUUUUUAUUUAGAUAAAGGUCCUUGUUUUCAGAUGUUUCA